CUUGCCAGCGCGGCAGUGGCGGCUCUCUUGGUUCCGUCCAGCGGGUCCCGUAAACGAGCUGAGGCGGAGAAAGGGCGCGGAACUGGAAGAGGGUGAGUCAGGCACUGUCUACGCGAUAAAGGGAGGCAGCACCGCGGCGCAGCGCUGAGUUGAGUAAGUGCGGCCCCUGCAGUCUAUUCAGGGACGCCGCGAUCUAGCGCCAGCGAGAAGAGGGCGAGGAGGAGCCAGAGCCCGGUCCUUGCACCCAUUCUCGCCCUCCUACCCCGCCGCCAUCUCCACCAUGCAGUCCCGGGAAGAAGCUCCGCGCUCUCGCCGCCUGGCCAGUCCCCGCGGCGGGAGGCGGCCCAAGAGGAUUUCCAAGCCUUCUGUUUCGGCUUUUUUCACGGGCCCGGAGGAGCUGAAGGACACGGCUCAUUCUGCAGCCCUCCUGGCACAGCUGAAGUCCUUCUACGACGCGCGGCUGUUAUGUGAUGUGACCAUCGAGGUGGUGACGCCUGGUAGCGGGCCUGGCACCGGCCGCCUUUUUUCCUGCAACCGUAACGUGCUGGCUGCCGCGUGUCCCUACUUCAAGAGCAUGUUCACCGGUGGCAUGUACGAGAGCCAACAGGCGAGUGUGACCAUGCAUGAUGUGGAUGCUGAGUCCUUCGAGGUGCUGGUCGACUACUGCUACACCGGUCGCGUGUCGCUAAGUGAGGCCAACGUGCAACGCCUUUACGCGGCCUCUGACAUGUUACAGCUCGAGUACGUACGGGAAGCCUGUGCCUCCUUCCUAGCCCGCCGCCUUGACCUGGCCAACUGCACCGCCAUCCUCAAGUUUGCCGACGCCUUUGACCAUCACAAGCUGCGUUCACAGGCCCAGUCCUUUAUAGCCCACAAUUUCAAGCAGCUCAGCCAGAUGGGCUCGAUUCGGGAAGAGACUCUGGCAGAUCUGACCCUCGCCCAGUUGCUGUCCAUCCUGCGCCUGGAUAGUCUCAACAUAGAGCUGGAGCAGACCGUGUGUCAUGUGGCGGUGCAGUGGUUGGAGGCGGCUCCCAAGGAGCGGGGCCCCAGCGCUGCGGAAGUCUUCAAGUGUGUCCGCUGGACGCACUUCAGAGAUGAAGAUCAGGAUUACCUGGAAGGGCUGUUAACCAAGCCCAUUGUCAAGAAGUACUGUCUGGACCUUAUUGAAGGGGCCCUGCAGAUGCGAUAUGGUGACAAGUUGUGCAAGUCCCUGGUGCCGAAGCCAGAGACCAGCAGCGGCAGCGGCGGCGCCAGCAGCACCUGCAGCACCAGCAGUGGCGGCGGCAGCAGCAGCGCCUCUGUGGUGCCCACAGCAGAGAAUCCCCCCCAGCGGCUGGGCGUGUGCGCUAAGAAGAUGGUGAUCUUCUUUGGCCAUCCCAGAGAUCCCUUCCUGUGCUGUGACCCGUACACCGGCGAUAUUUACAAAGUGCCGUCGCCUCUGACCUGCCUGGCUCACACGAGGACUGUCACCACCUUAGCUGUCUGUGUCUCUCCAGACCACGACAUCUACCUGGCCGCUCAGCCCAGGAAGGACCUGUGGGUGUACAAGCCAGCCCAGAACAGCUGGCAGCAGCUUGCCGACCGCCUGCUGUGUCGGGAGGGCAUGGAUGUGGCCUACCUCAAUGGCUACAUCUACAUUUUGGGUGGGCGAGACCCGAUUACCGGCGUGAAACUGAAGGAGGUAGAAUGCUACAGUGUCCAGAGGAACCAGUGGGCGCUGGUGGCUCCUGUACCCCAUUCCUUCUAUUCCUUUGAACUAAUAGUGGUUCAAAACUAUCUUUAUGCUGUGAACAGUAAGCGCAUGCUCUACUACGAUCCUAGCCACAAUACGUGGCUGAACUGUGCUUCUCUUAAACGUAGUGACUUUCAGGAAGCCUGUGUCUUCAAUGAUGAGAUCUAUUGUAUCUGUGACAUCCCAGUCAUGAAGGUCUAUAACCCAGCCAGGGGAGAAUGGAGGCGGAUUAGUAAUAUUCCCUUGGACUCAGAGACCCACAACUACCAGAUUGUCAAUCAUGGCCAAAAGUUGCUUCUCAUCACUUCUACCACCCCUCAAUGGAAAAAAAACCGGGUGACUGUUUAUGAAUACGAUACUAGGGAAGACCAGUGGAUUAAUAUAGGUACCAUGUUAGGCCUUUUGCAGUUUGACUCUGGCUUUAUUUGCCUCUGUGCUCGUGUGUAUCCUUCCUGCCUGGAACCUGGACAGAGUUUCAUCACUGAGGAAGAUGAUGCACGGAGUGAGUCUAGUACUGAAUGGGACUUAGAUGGAUUCAGUGAGCUGGACUCAGAGUCAGGAAGUUCAAGUUCUUUUUCUGAUGAUGAAGUCUGGGUGCAGGUAGCACCUCAGCGAAAUGCACAGGAUCAGCAGGGUUCUUUGUAAAUAUUUUGAAGCACUAAAAUGUUUCUACUGCUAUGGAAUGUAUCUUUAAAAGAUGUCCUUUUCUUGAAAAAAAAAAUGUUGAUUAGGACUGCAGAUUUGGUUUGGAAAGGGUGAUGUUUGAAUUACUAAUGUAAUGUUACAAAAUUUAAACACUCCAUGAAAUCAACCUAUAUAAUAAUUUACUGUGCUAAAAGUUGAGAUUAAAAUAUGCAAAAAUGAACUAUAUAA